CGGUUAGUCCGGAUUUUCAUGGGUUGCCUGCCCCGCUUCCUGUCCAGGUGCUGUCCAGUGUCCACUUUGCAUCCAAAUUUUGUGGAAUACCAGCAAUACCCCAGUUCCCAACUUCCGUUUUCCCCCUGUAAUUGAUCUCCACUGCAUGUUUCUCUCCCCCUUUUUGUCUCUCCUUCAAAUCAGAAUCCUUCACUGAAAAAGGAUGAUUUUUGAAUGAUGAGAGGGUUUGCUGUCUGGGGAAUAAUUUGAAUUAGUACUGUUUAACUUAAAGUGAUUUUUUUGGUUUAUUGGAUUUGUAAAUUUGAGCUUUAGGUGUUGAUAUUGAAAUGGAUAGGUCAAGUUUAGGAGGUGGGUUUUUAUCCGGAUCAAAUCGAUUACUAGACAUGGAAAUGUCAGUAGAUAAGCUCCAACAAGGUCAUAUGGGUCAUUCAUUGAUGACUCAUGAAUCUUUGGAGUUAAAUCCCAUAAACAUGAUGAGUGGUAUUGAAAAUGAGCACUCAUUAGGGUUUCUAGAGGCAAAGGGGUUAUCAUUGAAGGGGAUGUCUAUGGAUUUUGGUAAGGGGAAGGGAAUAUCUCUAGGAUGUUCGCCUAGUAAUCAUACGACAAGCGAGGAUGAGGAGCCUAGUUUUACGGAGGAUAUGAAUGGUGAGAAUUGUAAUUUUAUUAAGGAUAGAAAGGAAUCUCCUUGGCAACGGAUGAAGUGGACUGAUAACGCGGUCAGGCUUUUAAUAGCAGUUGUUGCUUCUGUUGGUGAUGAUGGUAUGUUUGAAGCUAAGGAUGGGUUGAAGAGGAAAGCUGGGAUGUUGCAGAAAAAAGGAAAGUGGAAGAUGGUUUCGAAGAUAAUGAUUAGCAACGGUUGUUGUGUGUCUCCCCAACAAUGUGAGGACAAGUUCAAUGACUUGAAUAAAAGGUACAAGAAGUUGAAUGACAUUCUUGGUAGGGGAACUAGUUGCCAAGUGGUGGAAACUCCGUCUUUAAUGGACUCCAUGCCGCACUUGACAGAAAAGGCGAAAAAUGAGGUUAAAAAGAUAUUGAACUCGAAACAUUUGUUUUAUAGGGAAAUGUGUGCUUUCCAUAACGGCCAAAGAAUACCCGACUGCCACGACAUUGAUCUACAAGCUCAUUUAUUGCCUCUAGCCCCUCAAGAGAAUGAAAACAACAUUUCCGAGGCACAAGAAGGCGAUGAAAAUGAUGAAUCAGAGAGUGAUGACUCAUUUGAAGACAACGAGAACGAUAACGAAACCAAACCUGGGAGGAUGGAGGGAACAUCUGCUAGAAUCAACAUGAAUGGAGGCAACUCUAACUUCUCAUUGUUCCCUAGCAGGCAGGACAGCAAUAGAAGGGAGCCGGAGUCAAUGUAUCAAGAUGUCCCAAAGUCACCAGCAGAACGAAGAGCAUGGAUUCAGCAUCAACUGUGGCAAACUGAAGUACAGAAGGUCAGGUUGCAGGCUGAGACACUUAACCUGGAGAAAGAGAGGCUUAAGUGGUUACGAUUUCGCAGCAAGAAAGACAGAGAACUCGAGAGACUGAGGCUUGAGAAUGAAAGGAUGAAAUUAGAGAAUGAUCGGAUGGUUAUGCUGCUUAAGCAGAAGGAAAUAGUGUCAGGUUUGCAAAACCCAGAAUCGUUAUUGAAUCCAUCUUCCCAUACCAUUGAAAGGCUUCAUGGGUAAGAUUUAAGAUAAAACCAAAUAGGAAUAUGUGGCAGCUAAAGUCAGUAAGUCAGUUCCUUUUUUAUGACAGUGUAUGUAUGCUAUCUGACAUGAUACAAAACAUAGCUUGAUCCAUGAUGAUGAUUAUGUGCAUUGCUGUUCAAUUUUUAUCUUUUUGAAACUUUUAUAUGUUGUUUUCUAGGAAAAAACGAGAAAAUUGUGGAACUAGCAUAUGUUUUUCCGAUUUUUGCUUAGGCCGAUUUUUUAAGCCUAUUCCACUUUUUAAACUCUUGUAUAUUCUCCCAUCUGGAUGUAAAGUUGGUUAUGUUACCAUUUAUGACUUAUCACUAUAAAUAUCCUGGAUUCAUCUGUCUUUGCCUAGUAAUUACUUUCCUGAUGAGCAACAAUUCUUUGGCCGAGAUUGCUUGUUGGAUUUAGCUAAUGCUGUUGGAUACCUUGUUUUGAUUUUUCUGAAAAAUUGUUGAUUUUCUUGCUCAAUAAGCCAAAUCUCAAUUGAAUACUUAUUAAUUUAUGCAUAAUUUACUAUUUUGUUGCUCAAUUUGUAAAUAUCGGAAAGCCUCAUUGAUACCCUUUUGUUCAUUCCUUGCAUAACAUAAAGCCUUCCUCUUAUUUUGCCACCCUUCUUUAAAGAAUGCUCAUCACACAUGUAAAUUGGAAUUGAUAGAUUUUGUUCCUCAAAUUACUCAUGUAAUGGCAUACAUAAACACACACUACUUGCACAUAUUAAUCUUGAGCAUUUUGGCGAUGUGAUUUCUUGAUCUUCUAGUGUCUUACCUCAUUCAUGGCAUGCAUAUCAUUGAUACACGAUUUUGUGGCUCUUUCGUAUACUCGAUGUGUAUUGUGUUAUUCUGGGAUUUUGAUUGGUGAGGUGUUGUACUUUCUUUUGAUCGUAUUAUCUAACCUAGACGGCGAGACUCGGAAAAGGGGUCAUUCUCUAUAUUUGAGUUCAAUGUGAGCAGUCCUAUCCUAUGCAUUUUGAAAUUUGUUUUGAUCUUUUAUCCAUUUUUCCGGAUCAUAGUGCAAAAAUAUAGGUUCUAUCACUACAUUACAACUGCAUUGUAAAGGUUUAUGAGGUUACCACGAUCGCGUAAAGGCCGCAAUAACAGCAAAACCAUUCGCAUUGACCCACAUUUGAGAUUUCGCACUAGGUCUUGAGCCUAACUAUUAGCGAAAAUUGAACUUUCCUUCCUCCUCUCUUACCCCAUGAGAUUUCGGAUAGUGCCUCAACCCUUAUCACCGUUUUUACUCAAUGUAACAUAAUUUGCCGGUCAAUUUGCUUUUUGAAUUCGCGAUUUGCUCAACAUGACCCUAAAAUAGCCCAAAACCGAUCAUAAUUCACUUUUUUGAUUCGUGAUCACGAUUCACAAGGAGAUUAGUGAAUCACGUGACAAUUGACUAUGGUUUGACUCGGUCUUCGUGAAAAAGUAUUUAGGCCAUUUGGCACCCUGUGCAUGUCAUUAGACAAGUAGACUUGUAUUCAACUAAUGUAUACUUUUUCUAAAUUCAGUUUGGAAUGACAGUUGCUAUUGUUCCUGAUGUCUCUCCGUGUCUCUAAACAACAGGGCAAGAUAUUGAUUGCUUCCAUAUAUUGCAAUCCCAUUUUAAAUGUUUUUGAAGUCAUCACAAUCAUAUAUAGGCCCCGAUAACCACAAAACCAUCCGCACUGACCCACAUUCGACUUUUUGCACUAUGUUCCGGACCUAGAAAUUAGUCAACCUAAACGCCCGGCCUCCUUGCAAGUUCGACGGUCUUCACGUCAAAAAGAGUAACUUAGGACAUUUGGCCCCUGUGAGUUGCACAAGUCAAUAGGUAAAUAGACAGUUGCUGAUGUUUAUGCAAAUGCAAAGCUGACUGCUCAGCAGUCAUCUUAAAAUGGCUUUGUGCAUUGUUUUUAUUGAGGUCAGAAUAACACAACCAGACACCAAAAGGUCAUAAUUUGUCGACUUUUUCAUUGAUUUGCUAU